UCCUCCUCCUCCCCCCCCCUCCCCCUCCCCCUGACGGAGCGCCGCAGCCCGCCCCCAGCGCCGCCCGCCGGAGCCCCUCGGUCGUCCGGCAGGGCUCGGGGGAGGUAACCGGCCCUGCCCCGGCCAUGGUGGGCCGCCCGCCGCCGGGGGGGCAGGAGAAGCAGCAGCUGAGGCGGCAGGACGAGGACGACGAGGAGGAGGAGGAGGAGGAGGAGGAGGAGGAGGCGGCGCGGCGGCCGCCAUUCCGCGCGGGGGCCGCGGGGCUAUGAAGGAUGGAGGCGGACGAGGUGACGAUCCGCGAGCAGAACUUCCACAGCCAAGUGCGGGAGUACACGAUUUGUUUUCUCCUAUUUGCUGUUCUCUACAUAGUUUCCUACUUCAUAAUCACAAGAUACAAAAGAAAAGCAGAUGAGCAAGAGGAUGAAGAUGCCAUAGUUAACAGAAUAUCGCUGUUCUUGAGCACCUUCACUCUAGCAGUUUCAGCUGGUGCAGUCCUGCUUCUGCCUUUCUCAAUAAUCAGCAAUGAGAUCCUGCUUUCUUUUCCACAAAACUACUAUAUUCAGUGGUUAAAUGGCUCACUAAUUCAUGGUUUGUGGAAUCUUGCUUCUCUUUUUUCCAAUUUAUGUUUGUUUGUGUUGAUGCCCUUUGCCUUUUUCUUCCUGGAAUCGGAAGGAUUCGCUGGCUUAAAAAAGGGGAUCAGAGCACGCAUUUUGGAAACCCUUGUUAUGCUCAUACUUCUUGCACUGCUUAUCCUUGGAAUCGUAUGGGUGGCUUCAGCUCUCAUAGACAAUGAUGCUGCCAGUAUGGAGUCUCUGUAUGACCUCUGGGAAUUCUACCUCCCAUAUUUAUAUUCCUGUAUAUCACUGAUGGGAUGCUUGUUACUUCUGUUAUGCACGCCGGUGGGACUUUCGCGGAUGUUUACAGUAAUGGGUCAGUUGCUGGUGAAGCCAACAAUCCUUGAAGACUUAGAUGAACAGAUGUAUAUCAUCACUUUAGAGGAAGAAGCAAUUCAGAGGAAGCUCAAUGGUACAUCUUCCACAGUUGAAUACCAGACAGUAGAGUUGGAACAAGAGCUUGAAAAAGUGAAAAGCAAGAAAACAAAUCUAGAACGGCGGAAAAAAGCUUCUGCUUGGGAAAGAAAUUUAGUUUAUCCAGCUGUUAUGAUAUUGCUGCUGAUUGAGACGUCCAUCUCAGUCCUGUUAGUUGCUUUCAACAUUCUUUACCUGUUGGUUGAUGAGACUGCAAUGCCAAAAGGAUCAGGGGGUCCUGGAAUAGGAAAUGCAUCCCUAUCCACAUUUGGUUUUGUGGGAGCAGCACUUGAAAUCAUUUUGAUUUUCUAUCUUAUGGUGUCCUCUGUCGUCGGCUUCUACAGCCUUCGUUUUUUUGAAAAUUUCACUCCCAGGAAGGAUGACACAACUAUGACAAAGAUAAUUGGAAACUGUGUCUCUAUCUUGGUGCUGAGCUCUGCUUUGCCAGUGAUGUCAAGGACACUGGGAAUUACUCGAUUUGAUCUGCUUGGAGACUUUGGAAGGUUUAACUGGCUGGGAAACUUCUAUAUUGUACUAUCUUACAACUUGCUCUUUGCUAUCAUGACAACGUUAUGUCUGGUCAGAAAGUUCACUUCUGCUGUGCGAGAAGAGCUCCUGAAGGCAAUAGGAUUAGAUAAGCUUCAUCUGUCAAACAAUCCAAGAGACUCUGAGACAAAGCCGUCUGCAAAUGGGCAUCAGAAAACACUGUGAUUAACAAUCACCUGCAAUCAACAGAGCUGAAAACAUCAACCUCAUGGCAUUCCUGUCAUCUCAUCGGCGUUUUUUUAUAUUGAUUUUAUUUGUUGAUGAUCUGGGUCCAGCGUUGUCUCAUUUUUUUGAUGCUGGUGUGCCUCUGUGGAAGUUAGCGGUAUCAGACUCUUCUCUUUCCAGUUAACUUUUGGUCUGCUUGUUUAUUUCCCAGUAAGUUAAUGCAGGAGGUGCCUUGAAGACUGGAAGCUGAAGAGAAUAAUGCAUUCCUUUCUGUUGACGGUCUCGUAUCUUUAGAUGCAAACCUGCUACCAUUUGAAUGCACAGUACCUCCUGUGUAAUGCAGACACAGCUACGAAGAAUAAGUUUGGGACUUGGUUUAAAAAAAAACACAACACUUGAAGCCCAAUAGGACCCUUACUGGAAAUGUAAGCUACCUGGAACAUGUAUCCUCAGCAGUAGAUAAUCAGUUCCACUAAGAAUGUGUUAAAAACGAAAGUAACUGGUAGAGACCACAGUUCCUUUCGUGCUGGAGUCGGUAGGCAGUUCAUAGUCUAAUAUCAUGAAGCUUUCUUGGAAGGCCAGCGUUUUCAGUUUCUGUUCUUCGCUAUAAAAGCCAGGUUGCUUUACUGGUAGUCAGGCAAUAUCUUAUCAAAUAGAGUGAACCACAAUAUGAAGAUUAACUUCAGUGUUAAAUCUGAGCCUAGUAUGCUUUGUAAAAAGCUGCGUAGACCCCUUGUCACAGCUCUUACAGUUCUGUAAGCUAUUGUGCCGUGGAGGUCACUUACCCUACCAAGAACAGCCCUGUAAAAUUCUAUAUGAACUACUGUGUAUAAGCAGUACUUCUAAUCAAUGCAAAUAGCACAGGCCUAGGAGGCUGAGGUUGUAGGUUUUUUUUUUACAAUGUUCUUUAAUUUGAAGUAAAUUAUUUCUCUGAAUUUAUACUAUAGUUACCCGGAUUUCUGUUCAGUGGUAAAACACAGCAUCUUUCACUAAUCCGUUUUUUAAUGUACACGUGAACGUGUAUAUAGGCCUACAAGUGUAGAUAUAAAUUAAAUUCUAAGCUUAUAGAGAUGAUGUAGGUGGCUUGGUAAGUAAAACUUGUGUGUUCAGUUUGGUAGUAUGAAUUUCCACAGUGUUACAAUUUAACUGCUCAGAGGCCUUAAAUUCAGAGUGGCAUUGGCGGGUGGUAAUGUCCUUUUUCUUAGCAUCACUGCAGCCUUAGGAAUCCUAUAAGCAGUCUGUAAUAAACACAAAAAAAAGGCAAAAACAACACCCACCAACAAAAGUAUUCAAAAUCUGUUUGCGCUUUCGUCCUGCUCUGCCACAAGUAAUCUUCAAACAGAUUGGAAUAAGGACAACUUCAGUGUGCACCCCAUACGUAGCGAGUCAGUUAAUGUUCUUGGUUUUUUCCAGUUUCUGUAAAACUGAAGUAUGUCUGUCUGGACUUUGAGGUCUUACAUGCGAUCAGGCUGUGACAACUAACUCUCCAGUGUGGUUCCAAUAUGGGGUAAACCUUGUGUCGGAAACUUUUGGGCUGUUCUCCUGAGAUGACUGCUCUGGGCUGUAGACCUUACUACUGUGUGAGUGUGAAUGUGAGUUUUUUUUGUUUUGUUUAUUUGUAUUUGUUUUUCUCCAAGUGCUUCAAAAAUCAAGCUCCAGUGCACAUGAGGAUUUCUCGGUUUUUUGCAGGCUGCCGUUUCUGACUUGAACUGGGGCAUAAUGUAAAUACUGCUGUAGUAAAUAUGAGAGAGUUACUUUUUGUGUGAUUAGUAUGAAUUCAAGGCUUAUUAAACUGACUAUUGAUGUGUUGUACUGAGUCUUGGAAGACUUAAAGUAAAAUUCGUUGAUUUUUA